AAAUGUGUACGGUUGGAGGUAUUCGAGAACCAGGAAACACUGUAUUACGCAAUGCUCUUGAGUAAUUUCUAAACAAUGGCCAAUGCAAAGUAAGCAGGCGUUUGCAUGUUAUUUUCCAAAGACUGAAAACGGUGCUCAAAUAUUACGGGAUAGAGUUAGCCAUCACAUGAACGUCACUGUAAAAACGUAAUAGGCGUAGCGGCCUGAGUAGAUGUCAUUCUUAAAAGCUGUAAUUCGGCACUUUCACAUCCGUUACUCGUUCAUGCAGUUCCUCUGAACACCUACUGUGCUGUUGGACUCAAACAAGCUGCAUUUCAACGGGCGUUUAAAAAACAGCACCUGAACCAGGUCAGUAAUUUGAUUAUCUGUCUGAACUGUAUUAGCCCUGGUGUGAUCGGAGAGUGAGUGAGUCUGAGAAACACACUUUUUUCAGAUUGAGAGAUCCGGGACCGUAUGCAGUGGUACAUUUUUUAAAAUAAAAUAAAGGUUGGCAACCACUGAUCCCUGUUAGCGGUGACUAGAGUAACGCUCCCUGUAUUUCAAGGAUUUUUCAAACGACCUCCACUACAGCACUGGCCGUAUGUAUAAAGCGUCUCAGAGUAUCUUCACUGUUGGGUUGAAAGGCCUGACAAUCACAUUCUGAUAGGUCAUUUACACAGAAGAAUACAUAGAAGACAAACAUUAAGAAAAUAAUAAUAAUCAAGAACGGGUGGCACUAAAGACAACAGUGGAUUAUAGACAGGGUUGGGAAGGUUACUUUCUAAAUGUAAUCCGUUAGUUACUAGUUACCUGUCCAAAAUUAAUCAGUAACACUUUUGGAUUGCCCAAACUCAUUCACAUAAUCUGAAUACAUUGUUACUUUUAGGUUACUCUCCCCUUAAAAGGGAUUAGAAAAAUACAAAAAUGAAUUACUAAUUGAACCACAUCUAUUGCAAGAUAAAUCAAUGUAAGAGUUUACCUAGCUGGCCUUAAAUGGAUGUUGCAUUUUACUUUAUGGGUUAUAACCCAUUGCUUUCUACUUCAAUACAUAUAAUAAAACGAGUGGGCUAUAUAUUUACAGAAAAAACUGUCAGAUUUCCAAUUAAUUAAAUACCCCUUGAUCUUCAAAAAUAGGACUUGAAAAUAUAGUCAUUGUUAAUACCUUAACCCCAAAAAUACUCUGUUUUUGUCAUGGAGGAAUGAUUGGGCUCAUUGCUUCAACACAUGGUUGAAAAAUAACUACUGCUGUCAUGGAAUGGCAUUCUUUGAGCACUACCGAAAAAUGCUAUUUGCAUGAGGUGAAAAAUGAGUCAAGUAGGAGUGUUAGUUCACAACAUUUACGAAAGGCAAUAUUUAUUUAUUUUUAUUUACCUGGGAGGAACUCCCUCAACUUUUGGUUAACUGUGUUGCAACUGUCACCUAUUGAUGAAAGAAAUAAUUGUUUUUUUUAUAUUUGAAGUUGACAAACGCUGGCUCAUUCACAAUAUGCUGCGUAUGUGUAGAGCGCUCAUGUGGCACAGGGUGGUUCUACCUGUGAAUUAAACUAACCCGUGAUAUUAUGUUCUGUGGUUUAAAUCGGGUUAAAGUGACAAAUAAACUGUGUGCAUUGAAGGUUAACGUCAGUCUGAUGAAAAUAACAUUUAUUUUUGCCCAGUGGGAAAAGACUGACUACCACUCUCUAAAAUGAGACGUGUUCUCUACUCCUCUCCCAAAGAUUAAUCGGAAACAUCCAUGUUAUCCUAUGUCCAAGGCUGAGUGCGUUUCCAUUAUAGUCCGCUACUUUUGACCAGGGCCCAUAGUAGUGCACCGUAAGGAAUUGGGAGCUAUUUGGGAUUCAUGCCUAGAUAACUUGUUUGGGAGUCCACCAUCUUGUUUGAUCUAAAAGCUUUAACUUUGGGAAAUGCUUACUAUUCCUAAAAAAGGGAUUCAAGAACUCAUCUCUGCAGAAGUUUGAGAGCUGAAAUUGCUCACAGGAAGCAGGAGAGAAAAAACAAUCCCUCCGAACACAACCCAGAGCACUUUUCUGUUGCACCAUCAUGUAAAGUUAAUGACUUGUAUAAACCCCCAGAUUAGAGAGGAAAACCUAUAACUCCUCAGCCCUCACAAGCUUUCCAUCCCUCUCUCUCCUGCUCCUGCUCACUCUCUUAUUUCUUUUUUUUUCUCUCUUGCUCCCUCCCCCUGUUUUAGCAUACAGCCUGUCAUCUACAGUACCUGGCCUUAUGUCUCCCAGGGCUCCCUGAGUUUAAUAAACCACCUCACAUUAGUGUCCAUACACACCUAACACACACGCUCUCACAUACACACACCACACACUCUUUCUCUCUCACUCAAACACACACACCUGUCAAGUUGCCUUCCCAAAAUGACAACCUACCACAUGUUCAAAAUAAACAUCUAAUGGAAGUUCAAAUGAGAAGUCACACAUUUUAGAUGUUGGAUUAUACCCAUAUGUCCUACAAAGACUUAUGACUCAGAGUAGCAGUAGCACGAUAGGCCUACUGUUUACACCUUACAGGUGAUGUGGAUAUGUGCUGAGGCCGGCAGUUCAGAUGUGAUUAUGAGAGGGUGAUGUUUUUCUCAGAUUAACCCGUUGUCACGAUCGUUAUGAGAAGCGGACCAAGGCGCAGCGUGAUAGGCGUACAUACUUUUAUUAAGUGUACACAACACGAACAAAAACAACAAAACGAUACGUGAAGUCCUAGGUAAUACAACAAACCAUACGGAACAAGAUCCCACAAUAAACUAGCGAACACAGGCUGCCUAAGUAUGGUCCCCAAUCAGAGACAACGAGCCACAGCUGUCUCUGAUUGGGAACCACCCUGGCCAACAUAGAAAUAAACAAUCUAGAACAAAACCCAUAGAAAACUAAACAUAACAAGUCCACACCCCUCAACAUUUAAGAGUCCCCAGAGCCAGGGCGUGACACCGCAGAAUGAUCACGAUCCCUCCCACACAGCCGCAGACAUUCCUCCAUUUGCCCACCAUCGUCUUCUUCAUCUCUCCCAGACACCCUUCACCACCCCUGCUCCUCCGUCUCCCUGAAGGGCAGACCCAGGGUUUCCUUGUAGAUUCCUCAUUUUUUUUUAAAACACCCUCAGCCUCUGUUCUCUGUGUCCCUUUGUAUUGGAUAUCUGCACUAAAUUGAUAUGCCACAGAUUAAUGAGCAAAAAUGUGAAGUUAGUAUGUUUUUGUGCUAACCCCUUAUUUGAUCACCUUGGCCUAUAAUUUGACGAGAGAUUUCUGUGUGGAAUGUGGCCAUAGACUUGCCUUGGCUGAAUGUGAACAAUACUGUGAAAUGUUCUGUGUUUCUGUGCAUUUAACAGUAAACCCAGCCUUGCUGCUGGAUAGUGGAGCUCUGAUGUCCUUUUAUGUGGAAGUAGAUCCCAGGAGGUCUUCCGGCUUCUCUGUUUUCAGUAUAAAGCUAGAGUUGGUUCUGGGAAUACAUAAAGUUGAAGGGAUUUAUUUAUUUUUUUAUCACAUAUGAUCGUUAAUUUACCCAGCAGUGUGUAUUUGUUUUAAAUGUCUUGUUUGUUUGCUGUCUAGGUAGAUGAUUGACUGGACAGACAGUGAAUGCUAGACACACCAGUCACUGACGUCACACUGUCAACAGCAGAAGAACAGAUGGAUGUAGUUACCUGGACGUCGUUAAAUUGACAGGAACAUCCUGGAUUGUGUACCACAGUGGAAUUAGCAGACAAGUAAUGGACAUACACAAGGAUUCCUCAUCUAUGGAUUUCAAUGGAGGGGUUUUUGUUUUUCCCUUCCCAGAAAACUGAAUUUUUAGUCUACCACUACACCAUGUCUCUAUCGAUGCAGAGGAAGUUCAGGGCAUUUACUGUGUUAGGAUGCAUUGUAAUUUUCACCACGUUCCUCUUCAGUUACUCAUUGAGAGAUCCCUCCCUGUACUUCUUCAAAUAUGCCAUCCACAAGUCGGACAGCUUCUUCUCUAGUGGCCAGUGUGGCUGUCGACAGUGUAUGACAGAGCUGGAGGAUGACCCCUGGUUCAUAGAGCGGUUCAACCGGUCGGUUCCCCCUCUGAUGUCUAGGAAGAACAGCCUGCUGACUGACGACACAUACCACUGGUGGCAGGUGAGAUGUUACCAUUGCAAGGGUUGGGCUUGUGCUAGGGUUAGGGUUGAACUGGGAUGUGGACUUGAAGCUAGGGUUAGGGUUGUUCUUGGGUUAGGGUUGAACCGGGAUGUGGACAUGAAGAUAGUGUUAGGGUUGAGGUUAGGGUUGAACCGGGAUGUGGAAAUGAAGCUAGGGUUGAGGUUAGGGUUGUACUGGGAUGUGGACAUGAAGCAAGGGUUACAGUUUGGAUUAGUCCACUCUCUGAUGACCUGGGGGGACAGUCUGCUGACUGAUGACACGUACAGGUGAUGGCAGGUGAGAUGUUCUGAGACUUACAGGUGAAUAAUCACAGAGGUGAGUUUGGUUCCGUCACAUCAGGCAAACCAUCCUAAUGAUAAUCAGGACAAGGAAGAAAACGAUGUGUCCGUGACGAGGUUAUUAAUGGUACUGUACAUACCAACAUCCAUAAACAUUGUUUUCUUAACAAUACCAUCUUCUAGUCAGCUAUGCUUUAUUAAGAGGUGGCUAAGAUUGCACCAGAAAGAACUAAGUGACUACUGAAUGAAUACCUUUCAACACUGCUAGAAAAGUCUAGAUCCAAUAAACGGGGGAAAAAGCUUCCAUUCCCUGUUGCUCAGUAUUUCAGAGACAUUCAAUUUUUUAACCUAAUCUGUCGCCAUAUUGACAAUUAUAGUUUAUUUGAAAUUAAUUUGUUUAGGCAUUAAUCAUGUAAACAUUAUUUUGUUUAUUGUGGCAUUGCCCCAGUGAGAUUCAAACCUAUGAUCUUCUGCUGUCUAUCCAUGGAAUGAAUCCACUGCUCCACCAAAGCUGAUAAGUUUAGUCUAUUCAAACAGACUCUAUUUCAAAGGAAACAAGCACUCAUUAAGAUCCGAUUAGUGGGCACAGCCAACACACCUGAACACACUUAAAGGGAUACCUCAGGAUUUUGUCUACUUCCCCAGAGUCAGAUGAACUAGUGGAUACCAUUUUUAUGUGUCUGUGUCCAGUAGGGCGACAGGUAGCCUAGCGGUUAAGAGCGCUGGGCCAUUAACCGAUAGGUCGCUGGCUCAAAUCUCAGAGCCAACUAGGUAAAAAAUCUGUUGAUGUGCCCUUGAGCAAGGCACUUAACCCUAAUAGCUCCUGUAAGUUGAUCUGGAUAAGAGCAUCUACUAAAAUACGUUUUGAGAGCCAAUACUAACUAGUGUUAGCGCAAUGACUGGAAGUCUAUGGGUAUCUGCUAGCAGAAUUCCAGUCAUUGCGCUAACACAUGUUAGCAAUUGUGCUAGUUAGCAACUUCCUUCAAAAUGCACGCAUAUGUAAAAAUGCUAUCCAUGAGUUCAUCUGACUCUGGAGAAGCAGAUAAAGGGCCUCAUUGCCAAAAUCUCAAAGUAUCCCUUAAACAGGAUUGUUUUUAUGAUGCUGAGAACAGAAUAUGUUUUUAAAUAACAUUCUUAGAACAUUACUAAUGUUUUCUUGUGGUUUUUAUGGAGUUUUAUUGAACAUGACAUUAAAUAGAACAUUUUUACAUUUUAGUCAUUUAGCAGACGCUCUUAUCCAGAGCGACUUACAGUUAGUGAGUGCAUACAUUUGUUUAAACAAUUUUUUUUUUCAUACGAUGAGGAACCCUACAGAAAACAUUAUGCUGAAAUACUGGAAUUCCCACAGAAGAACGCUGUUAAUGUUUUCUGAUCGUUCUGAGAACGAGUUUAAAUAGAACCAUGAGGAAACGUUAUGGGAAGGUUGUAUGCAAAAUAACCAUAGGACAACCAUGCUCUCACCAAGCACUAAGAAACAUAUGGUUCUCAGAAUGUUGUGCUAACUGGGCUGUCUCUGCUGUGUGUCUACCUCUUCUGUCUCUGCUCUGUGUGAGUGAGUGGUUGAAGACAGAGAUAAAGGAUUGACUGUUUCCUUCUCUCUCCAGCAGUUGCAGAUAGAGGAGGACCCAGCCAACUUCAGUGAGGUGGUGGAGAAGUUGUUCCAGGUCAUCCCUGAUGAUGACGACCUCUACAUGGACGCGGGGCCUGAGCGCUGUAGGACCUGUGCUGUGGUGGGGAACUCUGGGAACCUGAAGGGCUCCCGCUACGGACCCCUCAUCGACUCCAGUGAUGUCAUCAUCAGGUGACUGAGCAAGCUUGUUAUUUGUUUUGAGUCACACCUCAGAGUAUUAUAUUAGGAAUGGAACUGCAAAGCCAGAUAAGGUUUUGUUCUGUAUAGCAUUCAUUCCUGACCAAGAUCUAAGCUUUGAUGUUAUUUGCAAAUGCAACCAUUGUAAUCCAGUUUCUUGAUUCCCACCCCCACCUUUUGAUAAGAUUACACCUGAGCCAGUAUACAAAGCGUUUUAUAGCCUACAAUUAUCAUAACAAUACAUCAUGAAAGUGCAAGUUUGUUCAAUCGAGGUGUUUGUAUAGGCUAUGAAUAUCAUCUCACUUGUUGAAUUAUAUUGUGAUCUGAUCGUGGUAUGAGGUACAUGUAGGUGUCGAUGCCCCAUUUGGUUUGAUGUUGUCACGAUCGUUAGAGUGAGUGGACCAAGGCGCAGCGUGAUGAGCAAACAUACUUAUAUUUAUUAAAUGAAAACACGAUAAACAACAAACGAUAACGAAACGUGAAGUCCUUGGCUACAACAUAAACCAUACGGAACAAGAUCCCACAACUACUGUGGGAAAACAGCCUGUUUAAAUGUGGUUCCCAAUCAGAGACAACCAGCAACAGCUGACCCUCGUUGCCUCUGAUUGGGAACCACUCUGGCCAACAUAGAAACAGAACAACUAGAAUAUAAACAUAGAACAAAAACACAUAGAAUAUACACACCCUGGCUCAACCUAUAGAGUCCCCAGAGCCAGGGUGUGACAGUACCCCCCCUAAAGGCGCGGACUGCGACCGCGCCUAAACAUAAACAAACCAGGGGAGGGCUGGGUGGGCAUUCCUCCUCGGAGGCGGUUCCGGUUGACCACCACCUUCCAAUAAUCCCCCCGUAGCGCCCCUGGUCCGGUCUGGCCCCGCUGGCUGGAGCUGGACUGGACAUCGUAGGAGCGGAUUGCUUCAGCUCCGGUGUGGAGCAGCUGACCGGUACCUGACCAGGCACCGGUGACCCAGGCACGGGUUGUGCCGGACGACUGACGACGCACACCCCUGGCUUGGUGCGUGGAGCAGAAACGGGCCGGACCGGGCUGACGAUGCGCACCCCUGGCUUGGUGCGUGGAGCAGCAACGGGCUGGACCGGGCUGACGAUGCGCACCCCUGGCUUGGUGCGUGGAGCAGGAACGGGCCGGACCGGGCUGACGAUGCGCACCCCUGGCUUGGUGCGUGGAGCAGGAACGGGCCGGACCGGGCUGACGAUGCGCACCCCUGGCUUGGUGCGUGGAGCAGGAACGGGCCGGACCGGGCUGACGACUCGCACCCCUGGCUUGGUGCGUGGAGCAGGAAUAGUCCGGGCCGGGCUGGCGACGCGCACCGUAGGCUUGGUGCGAGUGGCAGGAACAGGCCGGGCCGGGCUGGCGACGCGCACCGUAGGCUUGGUGCGAGUGGCAGGAACAGGCCGGGCCGGGCUGGCGACGCGCACCGUAGGCUUGGUGCGAGUGGCAGGAACAGGCCGGGCUGGCGACGCGCACCGUAGGCUUGGUGCGAGUGGCAGGAACAGGCCGGGCCGGGCUGGCGACGCGCACCGUAGGCUUGGUGUGAGUGGCAGGAACAGGCCGGGCCGGCGCCGCGCAACAUUAGCUUGGUGCGGGGAGCAGGAGCAGGCCGGGCCGGGCUGGCGACGCGCACCGUAGGCUUGGUGCGAGGAGCAGGAACAGGCCGGGCCGGGCUGGCGACGCGCACCGUAGUCUUGGUGCGAGUGGCAGGAACAGGCCGGGCCGGGCUGGCGACGCGCACCGUAGGCUUGGUGCGAGUGGCAGGAACAGGCUGGGCCGGCGACGCGCACCGUAGGCUUGGUGCGAGUGGCAGGAACAGGCCGGGCCGGGCUGGCGCCGCGCACCAUUAGCUUGGUGCGGGGAGCAGGAACAGGCCGGGCUGGCGACGCGCACCGUAGGCUUGGUGCGAGGAGCAGGAACAGGCCGGGCCGGGCUGGCGACGCGCACCAUUACCUUGGUGCGGGGAGCAGGAACAGACCGGACCGUACUGGGGACACACACCACUGGCCCUACGCAGGGAUCUGGAACGGGCCAGACCGGACUGGUAACACACCCCAGUACCUCUCGCCGUGCCUCUACAUCUUCCUUCCCCUCUUUGACCAGUGGCCCCCGUAACCUGGCGGCCUCCUCUGCCAACCUCCCAAUUCGCCCUGUGGCAGCCUCCUGCUGCCCAGUCGCCCAUGCCGUGUGCCCCCCCCUAAAAAAUUUUGGGGUUGCCUCUCGUCCGUCCGACGACGACACUGUUGACGCCGUUGCUCCUCUCUCGCCAGGGCCUUAAUCUUAGCCCAUGGCCCUUUUCCCCCAAGCAUGUCCUCCCAGGACCACACUUUGCCCACCUGGGCCAUCGCCAACCUCUCCAGCUCCUUUCCCGGCGCUUCCUCCCAUGUCCAGGCUGCCUGCUCCUGGACACGCUGCUUGGUCCUGGUAUGGUGGGAUCUUCUGUGACGAUCGUUAGAGUGAGUGGACCAAGGCGCAGCGUGAUGAGCAAACAUACUUAUAUUUAUUAAAUGAAAACACGAUAAACAACAAACGAUAACAAAACGCGAAGUCCUUGGCUACAACAUAAACCAUACGGAACAAGAUCCCACAACUACUGUGGGAAAACAGCCUGUUUAAAUGUGGUUCCCAAUCAGAGACAACCAGCAACAGCUGAUACUCGUUGCCUCUGAUUGGGAACCACUCUGGCCAACAUAGAAACAGAACAACUAGAAUAUAAACAUAGAACACAAACACAUAGAAUAUACACACCCUUGCUCAACCUAUAGAGUCCCCAGAGCCAGGGUGUGACAGAUGUCAUCAAUAUCACCCUAGCAUAGACAGUUCCUCCCAUCGUGUCACACCUGUCAGCUGCCCUACCUGUUGUUCCCAUGUCAGUUUGUCUCAUAUAAUUUGAUAGUCAAAGCCCAAAAGCUGUUUUAGCAUGAUGUGCAGCGCCGUUGAGGGCUAUUGCUAUUUUGUAGUAGUCAACUGGGACUUGAUAUGGUUUAAGGAAGGAUCACAGAAUUCCAGCCAGGUCAGCAGAAGGGGUCAGCUAAUGAAAUAUACUCCUGAGAAAACGUUCCUUUAAAACCGUUUACUGCAGUGGGCUAAAUUAGGUCCACACAGUGAUUCUUGGUAGUCUUAAAUAAAUCUAUUUUGAAACAAAAGUGUAUAUACCUCACACACAUGGUUAUGAGCUUAUAAAAAAGACACCUGUACCAUGUCAGAUAUAGUUGAAAUGUUGAGUUUGCAUCCCAAUAUUACACUUUAUAUACAUCACAGAAGACUGAAAUGUAACAAAACUGUUUGACAUAGAAACACUGGAUUUGUGUUGGUUUACAAGAAAUCUUUAUUAAUUGUGAAAAUAUUAACAUUCCACCCAUGAGGCCAAAGAGUGCGCUUUUGGUCAUUGACUACAGGAAAGGGCUACCUGCAGGUAGCAGUUAAUCACCCUUGGUUUUAUACGUUGAUACUAUACACACUCCAGCACAUAGGUGUGGUGGAGACCUGGCCGUGUGGUGCCAGGAUAACAACCUCUCCCUCAACGUGACCAAGACAAAGGAGAUGAUUGUGGACUACAGGAAAAAAAAGAGGACUGAGCAUGCCCCCAUUCUCAUUGACGGGGCUGUAGUGGAACAGGUUGAGAGCUUCAAGUUCCUUGGUGUCCACAUCACCAACGAACUAUCAUGGUCCAAACACACCAAGACAGUCGUGAAGAGGGCACGACAAAGCCUAUUCCCCCUCAGGAGACUGAAAAGAUUUGGCAUGGGUCCUCAGAUCCUCAAAAAAUUCUACAGCUGCACCAUCGAGAGCAUCCUGACUGGUUGCAUCACCGCCUGGUAUGGCAACUGUUUGGCCUCCGACCGCAAGGCACUACAGAGGGUAGUGCGUACGGCCCAGUACAUCACUGGGGCCAAGCUUCCUGCCAUCCAGGACCUCUAUACCAGGCGGUGUCAGAGGAAGGCCCUCAAAAUUGUCAAAGAUUCCAGCCACCCUAGUCAUAGACUGUUCUCUCUGCUACCGCACGGCAAGCGGUACCGGAGUGCCAAGUCUAGGUCCAAAAGACUUCUCAACAGCUUCUACCCCCAAGCCAUAAGACUCCUGAACAGCUAAUCAUGGCUACCCGGACUAUUUGCACUGCCCCCCCACCCCAUCAUCACGCUGCUGCUACUCUGUUAAUUAUUUAUGCAUAGUCACUUUAACUCUACCCACAUGUACAUAUUACUUCAACUACCUCAACUAGCCGGUGCCCCCGCACAUUGACUCUGCACCGGUACCCCCCUGUAUAUAUAGCCUCCCUACUGUUAUUUUAUUUUACUUCUGCUCUUUUUUUCUCAACAUUUUUUGUUGUUGUUUUAUUUUACUUUUUUAUUAAAAAUAAAUGCACUGUUGGUUAAGGGCUAUAAGUAAGCAUUUCACUGUAAUGUCUACACCUGUUGUAUUCGGCGCAUGUGGCCAAUAACAUUUGAUUUGAUUUGAUUUGAGGUAGGGGUAUGAACCUUUUCAGUUUAUUUACCAACUUCCAACCAGUCCCUCCCAAGAUUUCUCUAGGAUUUUAUGUGAUAUUUGCAGGAAAAAAUGCUUGGUUUUGCAGCAGCAAUUCUGCAAUUUUACAUGGCAAUAUGCAACGGUUUUGUCUAACUUGUUGCGAAAAUGUUUACGUGUGGCUUGAUUGAACCACAUGUGGUAAAUGUGCAGUGGUUGGUCAAAAUUGCGAGCCCUCUGUAUUACGGUGAUGGGUCAGUUUUAUGCGAUAACUGCAAUGAUUUGACUGUUUUAUACUGAAAUAGCGCAGUGAUUGGUAAAAUGUGCAAUCCCUCGCAUAAUAUGCAGGGAAUUGUUGAUUUUUGCUAAACAUUUUGCGAUUGCAGAAUCACGGAAUCCUGGAGGGACUCACAGCAAGGCUCAGAUCAACUUGGCAGUGUCAACAUAGCUGCUUUAGUUUAUAAAAGUUUUACUUUAUAAAAGUCAACUUUCCUAUACCCCCAUAUCACACACUCAAACUCAAAACAACCUGUGUAGGCUACAAUUAAUUGGGUAGACAGAAGUCUCAAAUAUCACUUUCAUUUGUAUCCCCUGUAGCUUUAGAAUCGCGGCAAAGUUGGUUCCUGUUUCAGUCACUUCUUUGGCCACGUUCGUGUGGGUUAACCAAAAACACCCUAAUAAUUGGUUGACAAAUGGUGCGUCCCACAAUGCAGGUGAUGGCUGCAUGGUGCAGUUGGUGAGAAGCCACUUAAUCAAAAACUGCAUGACCUUUGAUCACGUGGUUUUUGUAAAGUUCAUGCAGUCGACAUGCAAGUCCAGCUUUAGAUUUGAUUUCUGCACUGUGUUUUCAGUGAGGAACCAGACCAACUAUCAACGUGUAAAUGAGGAGGAAAGUCCUUGGCUGAAAUGGAUUAUACUGCUCAUCCCACACUCACUUAACACACACACACACACACACACACACACACACACACACACACACACACAGAGAGGGAGAGAUAUCCUCUCUGCAGAACUAACUACAUUAAUUGAACAGGAAGAAUCACAGCUACAGCUUUCCCCUCAAUGCACUCACUGUUACUGGGACACACAUGAACUGUAUGAUCAUGUGGAGAAGCAGGAAUUCCACAUAGACUACCACAUGAUUCCUCACCACGUUCACAUUCCAAAUGAAAUCAAUUUAAUUUCGAUACAAAUUCAAGUUUUGUACCUCCAGGUAUUACACCCUCAACAAAGCAGCUAUGUUAGUAUGUGAAAGUAGUAUCAUCCAUACGUUAUAUUGCAGAAUACAUAACCGUAACCCUGCUCCUCCAGAAUGAACAAGGCUCCUACCUCUGGCUUUGAGAAGGAUGUUGGGAGCCGGACUACGCAUCACGUCAUGUACCCAGAGAGUGCCAUAGAUCUGGACAAUACCACCAGCCUCCUGCUCAUCCCCUUCAAGACUCUGGACCUGCAGUGGAUCACCAGUGCCUUGACCACCGGCUCCAUCGAAAAGUGAGUGACCAAUAACCAUGCACAACACAUUCAUCAAGUUCACAUAAAAAAGUAUGUAAUUACACUUUAGCAAACCUUCAAUACAAACUGUAGUUAACGCCUGUGGAAUUGUUUGCAAUGACUGGAAAGAUGAAAGUAUAAACAACGUUCUCAUCACCGUGAGGUCCGGAAUCAUUUAUCCUUUAUGCGGUGUAAACAUUCUUUGUAAAAGUGAACCCAGUGCCUCCUUCAGUGCUGUUUGCCAUAACCACAAGUAUUCACGUGUUGGCACGUACUGCUCUACACCUCUUCCAGCUCUACAAUGUCGACAUUCUCAAGCUCUGUGUUAGACAAUUAUCACACAGGCAACCGAGGACAGACUGUUUUUAUUUGUAUUUUAUGCACUUCAGUUGACCAGGGCAGCUCUAGCAGGGCAGAAAUUUGACAAACUGACUUGUUGGAAAGGUGGCAUCCUAUGAUGGUGCCACGUUGAACGUCACUGAGCUCUUCAGUAAGGCCGUUCUACUGCCAAUGCGGUUAAAAAUAGCCAAAUCCACUAAUUUGAAGGGUUGUCCACAUACUUUUGUGUGUAUAUGUGUGUGUGUGUGUGUGUGUGUGUGUAUAUAUGUAUGUAUAUAAUACUUAUUAUGCAUUUUGUUUUUUGCAGAACGUACAUUCCUGUACCGUCCAGGAUUAAGGCAAACAAGAACAGGGUGAGUGAACCUUUGGCUCCGUCCAUAACGCCACCCUAUAGUGGAGCAUUACUUUUGACCAAAGCCCUAUGGGUUGAUCUGCUUUCGUUUACCUUACCUGGAGACAAAGUAAUGCAGAAAUAGAAGAACGAUUGAUUGGUUGGUUGAUACCAUUCAAAUGUAAUUAUUUCAACUUCUCACAAGGUCAAAGCUGUUGUUAUGUUUUGCAGGUGUUGGUAUACAGCCCAACCUUCUUUAAAUAUGUCUAUGACACAUGGCUGGAGAGUCAUGGCCGAUAUCCCUCCACUGGCUUCCUCAGCCUAUUGUUUGCUGUGCACAUCUGCGAUAAGGUGAGUCCAUCCACCUUCACAAGCUUCCAUUUGUCUGUCUGCCAAAGUUCUAUACACCAUGAGCCUGACUGCAAAGCAUGCGUUGAGUUUGCGCUGAGGUCUUAGAGUUUAAAGCGGUAAAAAGUGUCCCAAAAAAUGUUAACUGCCGAUGGAAGUGAAGUCACCGUCGGCGAAAUGGCCACACGCUGGGCAGCACUGCAUUAGCUACCCACCACUUAGCUCACGCAGCAACGCUGCUCUACAAACAAACACAUUUUGGGCGGGAAAGAGGGGCAGAGCGCUGAGUGCAAUUGCCAUGUCCUAGGCAGAAGCCAUUAGCCCAAACAAAGAGAAACCUGUUUCAAAGUUGAUACAUGUGCCUCCAGGUAUACUUAUGUGGGUGAGUGAACUUAUUUGAAUGACAUGUAUUUAAUAUUUAAUACAUGAUUUUCAGAAAGUGUGUUCUGUUAUACUUUUACAUGAAACAACUUUUAAUGUUAAGACUUCAGGAAAUAGGUUAAAUGCUAUGUUUAAUCAAAAUGCAGCCAUGGUUGCCAACAGCCUCUUUUGAAUGUAGAAAAACAGGAAUCUCUACAGAUGGCUUUGGAGGAGGGGCAACUGCACCUGUCUUUGAUCUAGACACACUGGAACACUGCCAAUGCCCUAUAGUUGUUACAUAGAGCGUGGCCGAGUCAGUUAGAAGCGCAAAGACUUUCUAGUAACUGUGUAUACUGACAUCUAGAGUUAGAGCAUUGCCCUUAUCAAUAGGCCUAUGUUUUUGUACGUUUCAAGAAAAAAAUAUCCACAAAUAGAUCAAUUAGAUCUACAAAAUCAAAUGUAAGUGUCAGAGCACCAGAACACCAUAGCAACACAUCAAUCAGUACAACAACAUUCCACCUCAUCAUUUCUGUGGCACAUGGCAUUAUCUGGGUCAAAGCACAUAGGUGCAUCGUGCACCAAACCAGUUUGAGGAGGCACUGAUGGCCAAAUCCAGGGUGGAUGAGUAUCUCUUCAUAAUGGUGUAUUGUAUCAUUUAGGUGAAUGUCUACGGGUUCGGAGGGGACCAGUACGGGAACUGGCACCACUACUGGGAAAAUAAUGACCAGGGAGGCGCAUUCCGCGAAACUGGGGUGCAUGAUGCGGACUAUGAGUACAAUGCCACCCUGCUUCUGGCUGACAAACACAAGAUCAGUAUUUUCAAAGGCUUAUGAUAUUGGGAGAUGUCACUGGCCUGAGACCAUCAAGCCUCAUGAACAUAAAUCCUGUCAACUCAGAGGUUACCCACUGGGGAUAAACUGGUUGAAUUAAAGUUGUUUCAAUGUAAUUUGUCAAUGUAUUGUGAUGUGGAAUGAAUGUGUAAAAUGUAGUGGAUUUGCAAAAAGCAAUCAACAUAAACUGUUUCAACCGGGAUUAUGUGAUUGUAACCAAUUUUCAACAUAAAGAAAAAGCUUGUAUAAAAUGUUACAUUUGUACCCUUUGAAACAAUGUCAGAUCUUUAAUCCAACACAUCACUGAGUACCUCUCUUCAUAUUUUCAAGCAUGGU